GAAACACGCAAUGCUUGGAGGAAAUAAAUGCGGUCGGGUGUAGUAAGAGUUUUGAAAUCUACCUGUGCAUCUCUCAGCUUGGUUGAGGGCUCUCUGCAGAGCAAAUUUAACUGUUUCUCCAGUUCCAGAGGAAAGAUCCCUACAGAGAAAAACAAUGCAGCGUGACCGGUCUGCGAACUCCAGCAAUUCCACAACAGGGUUUACUGGUGUCGACCUGCACAGUGAGACCAACAACAAUGAUCACCACACCAGUGAAAUCUCCACCAAGGAGCUGAUUGUGAGACGAGGACAGAGUUUCAAACUGACCAUCAAACUGGCUCAAGCUUUCAAACCCACCUCAGAUCAGCUCACUAUGACCGUAGCAACAGGAGAACAUCCGUCUGAGAACCUGGGGACGAUGUCACGUUUCGGUGUCCCAGACAAGGUGCAGCGUUCUGCCUCUGCUAAGGCGGUGUGGAGAGCAGAACUUGAGAGGAGCUCUGCUGCUGAGAUGGGAACCUUGACUCUGAGCAUAACUCCCCCAGCUGACGCUCCAGUGGGGGAGUACAGGCUGUCUGCGACGCUGGGGAGGGAGGAGAGGGAGCUGGCAAAGCUUUCCCUGCUGUUCAACCCCUGGUGUUCUGCUGACUGGGUUUUUAUGCAUGAUGAUAAGGAGAGAAACGAGUAUGUGAUGAAUGAACAAGGCAUCAUCUACAAAGGUGUUGAUAAUUACAUAUCUCCGAUGCACUGGGACUAUGGACAGUUUGAAGAAAAUAUGGUGAAGAUUUGCAUGAAGAUUCUGGACUGCAGCAUCAAAUACAAGCGUGAUCCAGCUGCCGACGUUUCGGCCCGCUGCAACCCCAUCUACGUCAGUCGGAUUAUCACGUCCAUGAUUAACAGUGCAAAUGAUGGUGGCAUCCUGAAGGGAAACUGGGGAAAUGAUUUCAGAGGGGGGGUCUCCCCUACUCACUGGAGCAGCAGCUACGUCAUUCUUCACAAGUGGUUCAACUCAAUCUACUGCUCUGUGAAGUAUGGCCAGUGUUGGGUGUUUGCUGGUGUCAUGUGUUCAGUGAUGCGUCUGCUGGGCAUUCCCUGCCGCGUCGUCACCAACUUCCAGUCGGCUCAUGACACCAACAAGAACCUGACCAUCGACACCUACUUUGCCGACUACGGAGUCCGUGAGAAAGAGACCAAAGACAGCGUCUGGAAUUAUCACGUCUGGGUGGAGGGCUGGAUGAAGCGACCCGAUUUGGCCAAAGAUGGGAGAUAUGAUGGCUGGCAGGCUUUGGAUCCAACUCCACAGGAGAAGAGUGAUGGUAUGUUCUGCUGUGGCCCAGCUCCGGUGUCGGCGAUCCUGAACGGAGACAUCCAUCUCAAAUACGAUGUUCCAUUUCUCUUCGCUUCAGUGAACGCCGACUGCAUCACCUGGCUGAUCAAGCGGGAUGGAUCCAAGCAGAGCAUUUAUUCAGAGAAAAACAGAAUCGGGCAGAACAUCUCCACCAAGGGUGUGGGCACCACCAAGAGGAUGAACAUCACAGACAGCUACAAACACAGAGAAGGAACAAUACAGGAGAGAAGCGUCUUCCAGUUUGCCCUGGAGAGAGUGGCGAACGAAGAAGGAGGAGAAAUCUGCAUCCUCCCUGAGAAAAAUGUUGAAAAUUGGACGCCAGACAUGAACAACGGAUCUCCUGAGCCGAUAUGCAGUCCAACCCCCCCGCCAAAGCUGCUCAUUCGAUUUGAAGAGGUGUCCAAGCCAGUGGACGGUGAAGAUGUGAGUCUGAGGCUGGUUCUAAGCAGUGACAGCACUGUGGUCAGGAUGCUGUCCAUCAGCAUCAGUGUUCAGGCCAUGAGGUACACCGGCCGGCCAGCAGGAAACAUCCUCACUCAGGCCACGGAGCAGAAGCUGCUGCCUGGGAAAGAACUGACUGUCCCUAUCCUGAUCCCAUACGUGGCUUAUCACAAAUUCAUGAUCGGAUGUGAGAGCCUUUACAUUUCAGCCAUGAUCACCGACCAUCAGAAGAAAAAUCAUACUUUCCUGGCAGAGAACCGCGUUGUGCUGAUGAAACCCCCCAUCUCCAUUACAGUCUUUGGUGAAGGCAGACUGAUGAAGGAGAUGAUCGCUGAAGUGAUCUUCAUGAAUCCUGUCAAUGAGAUUCUCAGAAACUGCAGUCUGACUCUGUCUGGAAGUGGCCUGCUUAAUGGGGAGAUUGUUACUGGACUUCCAGAUCUGCCGCCACACAACCGAGUCCGUGUGAAGCUUGGUUUCAUUCCCUACAGGAUCGGGGAGAGGACUCUUCUGGUCGACUUUGACUGCGCUUCUUUCAGAGACAUCAAGAAAAGCUGCACAGUCACCAUCAGACCUUAAACUUAUCUUAUAUUCUGCAUUUGUUCCUUUAAAGAAACAUAGUUGAUGCAUGAAUGAAUACUCUUGCAGUUGCUAAAGAUGUGAAGCAUUUUGCUUAAAUGGAGUCAUAUAGUUAAUCAGUUUUCUAUAAAAGUCUGAUAAACUGCCAACAUGCUGCCUACAUAAAGGGAGCCUGUCGUACAUGUAAGAACUGUGAAAUAUAGUCUGCUUUUCAACUAGACCUUGUGUUUGAUCUAGUUUGAUUCACCAACAGCCUGUUACAUAACUCGUCAUGUUACAUCAAUUAAAUCUAUGUCAGUUGUUUACACCUUAAUUUCUUUAGUUAUGAU